GAAGGCAGAAAACAAUAACUUCUCAAAGUCCUGCAGGAAGCUGUUCUCCUGAUAAAGGACAGCACGGACCAUACCACCGGAUGCAAGUGGAUGGUUUUCUUCGGCUCCAGAGGAUAUACAGUAGAUUUCCUGUAGAAAAUACUUCAGACAAUUGCUCUGCCUUCCUUGUGGGGUGACUACACAAAGCCCAGACUUUCAGAAGAACAUUGAGAAGGGAAAGAAGAGGAGCAGAAUGGCUCCAUUUCUCCAUUUCAUUUGUGUCUUCUCCUUAGCUUUUAUGCAUGGGGCUCACGCAAGUGUACAGGAUGAAGUGCUAUGCGUCAGCAAGACCUGCUAUACAGUCCACUUGGAGAAGAACAGUUUUUCAGAGGCAAAGGACAAAUGUUUUGGGGAUGGAGGAAACCUGGUGACCAUAAAGAACAAAGAGGAAGCCAAACACGUUAACAGUUUACUUUCAAAACUGACCAGCGGAGCUCCAGAUCACAGGGCAUUAAAGCUUUGGAUUGGCCUCCAGCUGAAGAGAUGCACUGAAGAUCUGAGCACACUGAAUGGAUUUGCUUGGGUUACAGGGCAAGACAAAAGCCAAUUCUCCAACUGGAAACAGAAGCCUAAAAUGACUUGUGCCUCCAAUAGAUGUGUGACUAUGGCAUUGAACCCCUCAUCACCAGAUCAUUCAAAAUGGUCAGAUGGAAAGUGCACUGGCCAAGCAGAUGGGUAUCUCUGUGAAUUCCAUUUUAUAGGCAUGUGCAAGAGGAUGGCGUUGGCAGGCCCAGGGGACGUGCAUUACCAAACCCCAUUUGGUGUUAUAAGCAGCUCAUUGGAACUGGUACCCCAUGGCUCCAUGGCUUUGGUGAGUUGCAAACAAGGUUUACUGCAAGAUGCGAGUCUGUUGUGUAGACAACUGGAGGAUGAUGAGAAUGUCUUCUACUGGAACCAAAGCCCAGCAGGAUCAAGAUCACCCUUGUGUGCCUCCCCAGAGAUUGGCUGUAAAUAUAACAAUGGCGGUUGUGAACAGGAAUGUAUUGAGGACUCCUCAGUUUCUAUCAGAUGCGACUGCAAAGGGGGCUACGUGCUGGCACCGGAUUCACUCUCCUGUGUUUUACCACAAUACUGCCGGCCCAAUCCUUGUGAAUACCAGUGCAAAAACCAACUCAAUGGCUUCCAGUGCACUUGCCCUGAGGGCUUUGUACUACAUGAGAACAAAGUCAAUUGCACUGAUGUGGAUGAAUGUCUGGUGCAGCCUUGUAGCCAGUCCUGUGCCAACACCCUCGGAAGCUUCCAGUGUUCUUGCCAGAAAGGCUUCAAGGCACAGGGAGAAAAGUGCACAGACAUUGAUGAAUGUAUUGACUCCCCUUGUGCCCAGGAUUGUCUUAAUACUCACGGCUCCUACCACUGCUCCUGUAAGGAAGGAUAUGUUAAGGGGGCAGAUGAGAUUUCUUGUUUGGAUGUGGAUGAGUGUAAUUCUUCCCCGUGUGAGGUUUUGUGUCAUAACAUCCCCGGAGGCUUCACGUGUUCUUGCCUAAAGGGCUUCCACUUGGCAUCUAAUGGCAUCUCUUGCAGCCCAGACUCACAGAGUGAAAAUCCUACUGAUAAUGACACUGACGGGGGAGUAAUUGUAAGCAGUGUGCCCAAGGGAGAACCCCGCCCCACUCAAAGUCCACUGCCCUCCCACCAUUUAACAGAUUCCCCGGGCACAAGGGUCUCUAAUGACACUAAUGAUGGCACGGCUGCCACUUCUGUGUCCCUCGAGGGCGACCAAUCGCCGGGCAACAGCUCCGUGGAUCUUAUCAAGGGCCACACAAUGGGGGAGCAAAGGCUGAUUAUUCUGGUGAGCACAGCUUGUGCCUGUGGAGCUUUGCUGGUCCUGGCUGUGAUUGUCGGAGUUUUGUAUCACAGAAAUAAACAAUCUCAGGAGACAAAAGAGGAAACCCCCAAAGCAACAGAUAAUAACGGUUGGGCCCCCGAGCAGUCCCAAUACAGAGCCGUCAGCAUUCAAUACAGGUGAUGCCCGACCCACCAGAGACACUGAUUGUACACCAGCUUCCCAACUCAUCCCUAUAAUCUCUAUCCACAGCCAUUCCCACUUCUACUUUAUGGAGCAAUUACUCUUCUCUUACUAACAACCCUCUGUGCAUUACUGCUCUAUAGGGAUUAUGUAAUAAAAGGCACUAAAUUUGCCUAGGAGCAUUAUCCCAUAGCAACCAAUCAGAAGGUAGAACCUAC